AUGAGCACUCAACCCGCCCCGAGCAUGGCUCCCUUCAAGCCACGGUUUAUGCCGUUGAUGAUUGCCUCGACGCUCGCCUCUGGCAUCGUGUCGAGGACAUCGUCACUCAGCACCGCUGUGGCCCUUGUGUUGAUGUACUCUAUUGCUAUUCCUGCCUAUAUCGCCUACUGGUCUUGGAUAUACCCCUAUUACGUCUCUCCUCUUCGCCAUGUCCCCACUGUGCCUGGAAACCCUCUCUACGGCCAGCUGUUUGAUAUCAUCCACAACGAAGUCGGCCUCUGCCAACGGGAAUGGCACAAGCAGUACGGGCCCAUUGUCCGCUACUUCUUUCCCUUGGGCACGGAACGUCUGUCGAUUGCCGAUGACGAGGCCCUGAGGCAGAUGACUGUCAAGAACCCGUACAACUACCCCAAGCCAAGCGGCGCUCGGAAAUGGAUGACUCGUAUCCUCGGUGAGGGAAUCCUGUUGGCCGAGGGGAAUGCCCAUGUUCACCAGCGCAAGGCUCUCACCCCUGGUUUCUCCAUCGGAUCGAUCCGUACCUUGACCCCUAUCUUCUGGCGCAAGGCCUUCCUCAUGGCCAAGCUCUGGGAACAAGACAUCAACCAGUCCAAGAACAAGCAGACCGGAAGCUUCGAGGUGCUCGAGUGGCUCAACCGCGCCACCUUGGACAUCAUCACCGAGGCUGGUUUCGGAACCGAAGUCAACUCUCUUGAAUUUCCCGAAACUCCCUUACGAGAAGCAUACCGGAAGGUCUUUGUCUUUGACAACUUCUCUCGUAUGAUGCACGGUCUACAGACACUGUUCCCUAUCACCAAGUACAUUCCGGCCAAGAUGAACCGUGACAUGGAGCUCUCGCGUAACAUCAUACUCGGAUCAGCCACAAAGAUCAUCAAGGAUAAGCAAGCUUCCGCCAACCCAGCCGACAAGGACAUUCUUGCCCUUCUCGUUCGUGACAAUCUCAAACUGCAAGCCGCUGGUGAAGUUGGUCUCAGCUUCGAGACCAUGCGCGACCAAGUCAUGACCUUCCUUGGUGCUGGUCACGACACUACCGCUACUGGAGUCACUUGGACACUUCACCUGCUCUCCAAGCAUAUCGGCAUCCAAACGAAGCUGCGCGAGGAGAUCCGCUCGCAUUACCCUUUCCUUUUUGACCCCGUUGCAAGAACGACCUUUGACCUCUCCACCAUUGACCCUGAUCACUUGCCAUACUUGGACAAUGUUUGCCGCGAGUCUCUACGCUACAUUCCUCCCAUCCCGAUGACUGUGCGCGAGCUUGUCGAUGACGACAAACUCGGCGACUAUAUGGUGCCCAAGGGGACAACCGUUCUGGUGUACGCCAACGCGAUCAACCGACUUCCCGAAUACUGGGGUCCAACGGUUGACGAAUUCGAUCCGGAGCGUUGGGACAAUCUGCCCGAGUCGUACACGACCAACGCCUUUAUGACCUUCCUGCAGGGUCCUCGCGGCUGCAUUGGACGCAAGUUCGCCGAGACUGAGAUGAAGAUUAUCAUGUGUGUUCUUCUCAGUCAGUAUCGGUUUGCGCGCGACGAGUCUGUGCAGGAUCCCGAGGAGUUGAAGAUGUGGCGGUUGGUGUUGAGACCGAGGGAUGGUGUGCAGCUCAAGGUCACCAAGCUAUAG